UGCCAUGCGUAGCGCAAGGAAUAAUCGCGCUGCACAAUCAGAAACGGCUCGGCGUGAUAUCGGGGGGUAGCUAAGCGAUACGCUUUUUACAUCACCCUUUGCAAGGCCCACGUUGCACCAUAAAAAAGGGAGGAGCGGGUUCAUUUGUGGGCAGAGAGCUCUCUAAGUUUGCUCUUACCUGUCCCGCUUUUUGUUUUCUUAUUUCGCUUUAAAAUCCGCAGGUGUGUUAAAACAGCGCGGUCCAUGUGACACCUGUGCUUACACGUAGCACUUUCCGCCAAUUUUUGUUUAUUACAUCGAAGAUCAUGAAGGUUUUCGGCGGCGUCGAAGGGGGAGCCACUUUGUCGAAAGCAGUUCUACUGAACGAAAGCGGCCAAGUCCUGGGAUGGUCGGAGGGUCACCCUGUAAACCACUGGCUCGUUGGGAUGAACGAAUGUCGGAGGCGUGUCUAUGAGCUUGUUCUUGCAGCCAAGGAAAAUGCUGGUCUUAGUCGAGAAGUUCGCCUCGCAUCACUAAGCCUUUGUCUCAGUGGCUGUGAACAAGAGGCUACCAACAAUGAUCUGAAAGAACUUAUCUUGAAGGAGCACCCUGAUAUUGCAUCAUCAGUAGUGGUAAAAAGCGAUGUCAUUGGAGCACUGAAGACAGUCGCACCAAAUGGAGGUGUUGUCCUGAUAGCAGGUACAGGAUCCAACUGUUUGCUUGUCAAUCCUAAUGAUUCGAUGCAUCGCUGCGGAGGUUGGGGACAUAUUCUUGGAGAUGAAGGAAGUGGUUUCACUAUCUCAAUACAAGCCAUCAAAAUGGUCCUGCAUGAAGACGAAAAUUUCCGGGUUCCUCAGUGGAGUGCUGAAAAGAUUCGUGAACUCGUAAAGGAGCAUUUUCAGGUCAAAGAAAUGCUGGAACUCCUGCCUUUCUGUUACACAAACUUCAAGAAACAGUUCAUUGCAGCGAUGUGUGUGAAGCUGGCAAAGUUGGCCAGGGACGGAGACAAGCUAAGCCAGCACUUAUUUCGAAUGGCAGGAAAAGACCUGGCAGACCAUGUUGUAGCAGUUUUGCCUCAUGCAGAAAAGAGUCUCUUGGAAGGCGAAGGUGGCCUUCCAAUAGUCUGUGUUGGAUCAAUUUUCAAAAGCUGGGACCUUUUGCAGAAAGGUUUUGAAGAAGUGCUCUGCCCCAAAGUUUCAGAGUUCAGUCUCCUCCAGCCAACUGUAUCGGCUGCACUGGGAGCUGCAUUCUAUGGGGCUUCAUUGGUUGACUGCAAGCUACCUAUCAACUUCAAAGAGAAUUCCAGGCGUCUAUACCAUUUCAAAUGGGGCAGCGAGCAAAACUAGGUCUGGAUGUAUCUUUUUGUGAGCAUGUCUAUAAUGGGUGGCAGGAAAUCAAGCUUUGGUUGUUACCUAGAAAAGGUAUGGGCUACAUUUUUAAUAGCAUCUUUUCAGCAGCGAAGCUACUACAAGGGAUGCCAUCAUGUUUAUGGACAAAAAAUUUUUUACAUAAUAACAAUGAGUGAUGAAAAAUAUGUGCCUUAGUGCUUUUUAUAUUUUUCUGAACCUUGAAGGUUGACAUUGCAAUUUUGUUUUUUAUGUCAGUGUACCCUCACUUGUGAACUCAAGCCUCUGCUCAAAAAAGGCUUGUCUUCUUUGCCUUUUUAUACCCAGAGAAUACUUGUUUUCCUAAUGUGGUUUACAUUGAGCAUGUGGCUGUGCAUAUGCAUCGCAAUACACUUUGUGCAGUCUAUUGGAGCAGUGGUGAUUUUAGUUUUCAUUUGCGAAUUUAAAAAAAAGUAUACUUUCAUAUAUCACCACAUUUUCAAGUCCAGUGUGCCCGUGCUUUUCAACGUAUAAGUCAUGAUUCCAAGGAGGGUCGCCACAUAUUAUUCGGUGAAGGGGGUCAUCAGAAGUAGACAGAACACUUUAUAAUGGUUCACAGACUGCUGUUCUGCAUCACAAAACAGCUGAUUCAAACAGAACCUUAGAUGUUUUGAUGUGCUGGAUGAACAUGAACACUUGAGUGAACGAUGCCUCUCAGUGUAUCAAAGGGUAUCUUUGCUCUGAAACUUUGCUCUAGAGCAAUGCUUGUUUCUGAUACUUUUAGAAGAGAGAAAUAAGCAAGUCAGUGCAACAUAUAACUCAAGCCUGCCAAAGAUAUGU